GCCGUCGGAAACAAGAGGGGUACCAACACGCCCACAACACCGAGCAAAGCGGAUUAAAGUCCCACAGAGAUGGCAGGGGAGGCUGACGACGAGAUACCAGAAUCGGGAGCAGUUUUUACUUUUGGAAAGAGUAAGUUUGCAGAUAACAUCCCCAGUAAGUUCUGGCUUAAAAACGAUGUCCCUCACAAUCUGGCCUGUGGAGACGAACACACCGCGUUGAUAACAGAAAACGGGAAGCUCUUCAUGUUUGGCAGCAACAACUGGGGCCAGCUCGGUCUGGGGUCCAAAGCCACGGUGAACAAGCCCACCUGCGUCAAAGCUCUGAAGUCUGAGAGAGUUCACCUUGUGGCCUGUGGACGGAACCACACCCUGAUCUGCACAGUGCAGGGAAAGGUGUACGCCUGCGGGGGGAACAGCGAGGGUCAGCUGGGGCUCGGAGACUAUGAGGAGAGGACGGCCUUCCAGAGAGUCCACUUCUUUGAUUCUCAGGGACCAAUCAGGAUGCUGGCUGCCGGUUCAAACACCUCGGCUGCCCUGACAGCCAGCGGUAAACUCUUCAUGUGGGGGGACAACACGGAGGGCCAGAUCGGUCUGGGGAAGGAGAGCCAGGCCUCGACCCCACAGCAGGUCAGCGUGGGACGUCUUGUCAGCUGGGUGUCCUGUGGAUACUACCACUCUGCCCUAGUGACGGUGGACGGAGGUCUGUACACUUUUGGGGAGCGGGACAGCGGUAAACUGGGACUGGGCACGGAGCAGCUGUCCGGACACCGAGAACCUCAGCGGGUGAAGAGCAUCAAGGAUCCGGUGAGGCAGGUGGCCUGCGGGGGCGGGCACACGGUGGUGCUGACAGAGGACGGCGUGUACACGUUCGGACUGGGUCAGUUCGGACAGCUCGGUCAUGGGACGUUCAUCUUCGAGUCUCGGCUGCCGCGGCUGGUGGAACACUUCAGGAAGGGUCGAGUGUGUCAGGUGUCCUGUGGAGAAAACCACACAGCCAUCAUCACAGACGGAGGGCUCCUCUACACGUUUGGAGACGGCAGACACGGUAAACUGGGUCUGGGUGAAGAAAACUUCACCAACCAGUUUAAACCGACUCUGUGUCCACGAUUCCUCCAGUUCCACGUGCAGGCAGCGACGUGUGGCGGCUGUCACAUGGUGGUGUUGGCUCGGCCGAGGACUCCUGGGGGCGCUGACGUGACUCUGGAGGAUGACGACAUGACUGAGGACUUCCUGGAGAAACCGUAUGUGGACCUGCUGGGCAGCACCCACAGCUCUUCGUCCCUGCAGAGGAGUCUCUCUGCUCGGGUCCGCAGGAGGGAGAGGGAGCGAUCUCCGGACCAGUUUGGUGCCACGUUCCGGACGCUGCCCGCCAUGACACCAGGCUUCCUCCAGCCGCCACUGCCGGUCUCCAGCCAGACCGCCCCCCCCAGGCUGCCCCCACCCGAGCUGGCUCACAGAAAGGUGCUGAACGGGACUCACCAGCAGGGGAGCCGAGGGUCGAUCCAUCAGGAGCAGGCGGUGGCAGACAGCGUUGUGGAGAGCAUGACGGACACCGACAGCGUUAAAGACCUGGGAGAAACCACCGACUUCCUGAACAUGACACAUGUGAUGAAGAUGGACCCGGGUGAUAAAACUCUGACUCUGUCUCCUCUACAGAAGAGGAAGGGUAAGCAUGUUCAGCUGGUGACAGAGCAGAGUGAAAGAAAGGAGAAAAAGCUCUCCAAGCAGAGCAGUUUCUCUUUAUCUUCGCCAUCCCGUAAGAGCGGCGGCAUCUCCCCUCGCCGGGCAUUACCCACCGAGCUCCUGAGGAGCAGCGGCGCUCUGUCCUCUCAGAGUCCACAGAGAAAGAAGACGAGCAGCCAAAGUAAAGACCACAUGGUCUUAACUGUGGAGGAGCUACAGAGGAGACCAGCUAAAAACCAGCCCCCCAGUGUUGGUGACAUCAGGAAGGCCGCGUCCAAGCAGCAUCCUAAAGCAGCUCCCAGUAGACGGCAGCUGGUCGGGGUCGGCAGGAAACCAGCAGCCAACUGGAAACCAGCAGCAGACUCAAAGCCAGAACGUCCUGAAACCAGAAAGACGUCUUCAGUAGUGAUGAAGGUGACGGCUAAAAGCAAGCCGACGUUGGUUCAAAGCCGGUGUUCAGGUCAGCACGGUCACAUAACCUCACCUCAGCCGAGUGAUGCUGUGGAUGAGGACAGCUCAGCGAGCUCCAGACCGGUUCAGGACAAAAAAAAACCCAGAAACCCCAAAGAAAAGACAAAUUUAUCUAAAAAAUCUAAGAAUGAAAAGAACAGAAAAGCUGCUCAGGGCACAGAGGAGUCCGAGGGGAAGAAGUCGGGUCUGGGUAUGUUCGCCGGCGCUGCCUCGCUCGCUGCAGGGUCUUUUUUAAUCCAUGAGAUGGCAGCCAGGAGCUCCAGGUCUCCGUCUCCGCUGGACAGCAAUAGUGUCCCUCAGGACAGUCCAAUGAAAUCUAGAAGUGACGAGUCUGAAUCCCACGCAGCCGACUGUAGUAACAAAUCCAUCAUCAGCAUCAACAUCAUUCCUGCACCGGAGAGUCCUGAACACAGGACGAGUCGGGACGGGAACACGAGUCAGGACGAGAAGGACACGAGUCGGAUCAAGAAGGAUACAAGUCAGGACGGGGACACGAGCCAGGACGGGGACACGAGUCAGGACGAGAAGGACACGAGUCGGAUCAAGAAAGAUACGAGUCAGGACGGGGACACAAACCAGGACGGGGAUACGAGUCAGGACGAGAAGGAAACGAGCCAGGACGGGGACACGAGCCAGGACGAGAAGGACACGAGUCAGGACGGGGACACGAGCCAGGACGAGAAGGAAACGAGUCAGGAUGAAAAUGAGGAGCUGACACACUCCAUAUCAGCCAAAGGAAAAGAGGAGGAAGGUGAGGAGGAGGAGGAGGAGGUCAGUCAGAGUACUGAGAAAGCUACAGAAGAUGAAGAUGAUGAGGACAAAGACAGAGACAGCCUUCAACCAGAAAAUGAGUCUCAACCUGAUGAAGAGGAGGAAGAAGAAGAUAUGAGCAGUCCUGAGGAAGAGGAGGAGGAGGAGGAAACGAGUGGGGCUACAGGGAGUGGAACUGAAACCGAGGAGAAAGAAAGUAAAGGUGGAGAUGUAGAAGAGGAGGAGGAGGGAGAAGGGUCGAGUCAAGAGACAGAGAGCAAAGGAGCAGACACCGAAAACGAAGAGGAAGAGGAGGAAGAUUUUGAAAGUGAGGAAGAAGAGACUUUGAAGUCUUCAGAAAAUAAAACAGAGAGUGAAACGGAAGAGGACGAGGAAGAGGAGGAAGGGUCGAGUCAGGAGACGGAGAGCAAAGAAGCAGACACUGAAAACGAGGAGGAAGAUGAGGAAGAAGAGAAAGAAGAAAGUGAGGUAGAGAGUGAAACAGAAGAGGAGGAGCAAGAGGGGAAAAGCAGUGAGGAAGAGGAGGAGAGUGAGGAAGCUGAAGAUGAGGAAGAGGACAAAGAAAGUGAAGAGGAAGAAGUGGAGGAAGAAGAUGAGGAAGAAGAAGACGAGGAUGAGAAGGAAGAGGAGGAAGAAGAGGAUGAGAAGGAAGAGGUAGAAGAGGAUAAUGAAGAAGAGGAAGGGGAGGAAGAAGAUAAUGAAGAAGAAGAAGAGGAGGAAGAGGAAGAAGAGGAGGAAGAGGAGGAAGAAGAGGAGUUUGUGAAAAAGAAAAAAUCUUCGGGAGUAAAAAGUGUGAAAUCUGCAUCUGGAAAGAAAGAAAGAUCAGGACGAAGAGGUCCAACGGCCAGUGAGGAAGAGGAGUUCUGGGACGAUGUUCUUCCUCAUUACCUCAACCUGAAGUGACCUUGUGAUCACACUUAUCGAUCCUGUUGUCAUGGCUACGAGCCACAAAGCCAGCUCAUGCACAGAAGCGAUUCCAGCUGCCAGUAAGCAGGUCUAGAAACACGUAUCUACAGAUGUUUGUGUUAAAUUUAGUUUUUCCUGGACAAAAUGAUGGCUCCCCUAGAGAAGACUGACCUCUGGUUACCCUUCGUAUUCGUCCAGGGAUGCUGGCUACAGCCUUAAACGUCUGAAUCAUUAGUGCAGCUGCUUGGACAUGGUCUUAUAUUUACCUUCAGCAUGCGGGUGUACGGUUUUCUCUCUAACCUCCCGAGUCAGCUCUCUCCCUGGCUUUCUGUGGUCCACGUUCAGCGUGGUCCGUACCACCGGUGACUCCUGGCUGGUUCCAGCUUUGAAGACACUUGUGAUGCUAACUGUAGGACACAGCUGAGUUGAACAUGUCCCUGUGGUCUUUUCUAGGGCGCCAUCAUUCAUGUCCAGUAGUUCAGUCGUUUGUUUUUUAGCUAUUCAAAAGCAAUGACAUUGGUUGAUUUUCAGUAUUUUUUUAUUUAUUAUUACAAGUUAUUUCAGUGAUCAUUGUGGGUUUUUCUUCUAUUACCAGAUAAUUUAGUCCAUGUCUGUAACAACACAGCUGGAAACUGAUGAUGUUCAUCCUCAGACGGCUUCACAUCUGCUUCUUAAUAGAUGGACGAAUAAAUGAGGAACAACUGUUGACCCUCAGACCUGGUCCCGUUUUCAGGCCUCAGCUGUAAAAUUGUUAUGAAAUGAGCAGACACAAGCUCUGUGUCCCAGUAAAGACUUGGUUACCAGUACAUAUUUGACGAUGGUACAUGGAGAUGAAGAAGUUUCAGUGCUUUUACGGAUGUAGCUGUAGAUCAUAGAUCGACAUGUGAACAUCAUCUCUGAUAAAGUGAAGCAGAACAAAGUCAGACAUGUUUUAGCUCCAGAGACGUCUCUGGGUGGACAUUUGGUCCAGUUUGGUCCCAACUGGGGACCUCUGGAUUUGUAGGAUUAACCAGAACAGUUCCAGUAACUUUCUCUUAACAUCGCCUUUAACCAUCAUUUUUUAACCAGGAACCACGUUAACUUGUGUUUUGUGUCACUUUCCGUAUUCAUCACUCUUAAGACUGGGACGUAUGAGGAUUUCUCCUCCCCCCUGAAUGAAACUGGACCCGCUGGAACUUCUCAUCCACUGUGCCUGUUUCCUGUUUCAUUUCCAUCAGUCUGCCGUUGUCACUAAUAUCUGCUUUCAGAUUAUUAUUAUUAUUAUUAUUAUUAUUCCUCUAAAUGCUGUUUCCAUCUUUUUUAUUCCCUGCUACCGUCUGCCUUAAUCCAAGUUAUCUGCAGCCGUUUCUCUCACUUUUUUCUCUUUCCUUAUGUUUGUAAUAAAUAUUAUUUUGUUGUCUCCUUGAAGUUGUUUUUGUGUUGUUUGUUUACAUUUAAGGAUGGAUUUCCUCACCUUGUUUGCUGUUUAUCUGUGAGUCUGUAAACACGCAGGAGGACAACAAAUAAGUUUCAUCAGAAAUGUUUGGGUGGGUGGAAAUGGAAACUGCUGCUCAAAGCACGGCAGAUAAAGAAAACCAACAAAUCGCUGCUGUCGGGCGCAAACCUGCUAUGUCCAAAACGGUUAUUUUUCAAGAAAUGAAUAAAACUAUAGUUUUUGUAUAAUUGGACAUAAUGUCAUCAAACUUGGUACUGUUUUACAUCAUAGCAUACAGACAUUAAGUAACUGGUACAAAGCAGAAACACCUGGAGGAGCAUUUGACGACUAAUCAGAUUACCUGGCAACAGGUCAGUAACAUGACUGGUAUAAAAGGAGCAUUUCAGAGAGGCAGAGUCUCUCAGAUGGAAAGAUGGACAGAGCUUCACCAAUCAGACAAACACAUUGUCCAAGGCACCAACUCAUUCAGUAAAAAUCGACGUGUGUCAUCUGCAUACACGAUCAUAUUUAAUUUAGUGUGGAAUCAGCUCUGGUGAGAAUAGAAGUGGUCUUAGACAGUUUUCUUGUGGUACCCCAUAAAGUAAUCGAGAUCAGAGUAAAUCCACAACUUCACCUUCCAGUCAGAUAAAGAGAUGCUCAUUCUGGAGAAGCAGCGACCAGUUUGCAGAAUUUGACCAGAGAAACUCGGAGAAAGACGUUUUCCCCGAGACACUGCAGGAGGAGCUGGUCCUGUUGAGUCUGCGGUCUGGGUGUUUCAGGAUCAGGUUUGACUUGUUUUCUUCCUCCAGUGAUGUCGCUGUCUUUAUGCUUGUCACCCAUCUUCCCUUCAGCCCUGCUGUAGUCUGGAAACGCUCCCUCAUCUGGUAGCCAUAGUUUCAGGAACAGAAUUUACAGAAACACUGACUAUGUCCUCGUGUUUUUAUGGAUGUCAGGAUGUGCUGGAGACGUGGCGUAAAGAUGAAGAAGAAGCGGAAGAGGAGGAUGACACAUCUUCAGAGGAAGCUCCUCCAGAGGAGCUGGAAGAAGGCGGUGAUCCUGGCAGAGAGCAGAAAUGUGAG